AUGAGGGAGGCAAAGGUGCUCGAAUUCAUCAAUCUUUGUCAAGGAAAUAUGAAUGUGAAGGAAUAUGCUUUGAAGUUUACGCAUUUGUCUAGAUAUGCUCCUACUAUUGUUGCCGAUCCUAGGGCAAGGAUGAGUAAGUUCAUUUCGGGAGUGUCCGAGAUGGUGGUUAAGGAAUGUCGUACCACUAUGCUUAUCAAUGAUAUGGACAUUUCUCGUCUCAUGGUGCAUACUCAACAAAUUGAAGAGGAGAAACUUAAGGAAAGGUCUAGGGAGGCAAAGAGGGUUAAGACCGAUGAUGGUAACUUCACACACUCAAGGUGUGGAAGAAAGCACGAGGGUAAAUGCUUAGCCGACACGGAUGGUUGCUUUGGUUGUGGAAAGAAUGGUCAUAAGAUGAAGGAUUGUCCAAAGCUUGCAGCUAAAGGGAGAGAAGUAAACAAGCUCUGUCUAGUGGUUCGGGGUCUAGUGUCACAAAGAAAAACUGAUUCUAUGCACUUCAUACUUGUGGUGAACAAGAGGGUUCUCCCAAUGUGGUUACCAGUAUGUUAA